AUUUAAAAACGCUGAGUCACGAAACGGAGAAGAAGCUUACGCGGUGGAAUUCGUUAACUGCUUUUUUAUGAAAGAAAACUCGAAGAAAAAAAAAAACUGAACAUACAGCCAAAAAAAAAAAAGGGAAAUCUACCAGAGAAUCAAUGGAUACCAGUAGACGUCAAUUAACUCCAGCUCAGAGAUCAGCAAAGAUAGAGCGUGAUCGUCGCCGCCGCCGAGAGCGUAACAUGGAGUUUGAGAGAUUGCAGAAAGCGGAAACGGAAUUGCAGGCUUUGACGGCGGCGCAGAGGAAUGAAAAUUCGUGCUUAAGACACCGCAAUGAAAGGCUUAACGAUAUGGUUUCAAUCCUCGAAAACAUCAUACAACAAUUACGUGAACAGAAUCGGGAACUUCAACAAAAGAAUCUGGGGCUAGAACAAACUAUGAAGCUUGCUGACUCAUGGUUUCCAUUUGAUAUAUGUCAAAGCCCCAAUGAAGAAGUUUCUAACAAUCAGCCUACUCCUGAAGGUCCAAGGAGUUCUCAAAGCGGUAUUCCAGAUGCCGAGAGGAUUUCCGAUUUAUUGAUUGAUCAGCAUACCUCAGAUGCAAAGCAUGCUUAGAAAAAGUAGAAGAUAUGAAUUUCUGAGGUGUGGAAACAGUAUGUGCUUGAUGCAGAGUAUUUUUUAGACAAAGUCUAUGUAUGCUGCUCUAUUGCAUUAUUAUCCUUCAAAAUGACACCUAAGUUAUGAACGUAGCUUUUCCCUUUUGUGUAUCUGUUAUUUGUGAAGAGUAGCUUUUCCUUUUUUAUACAAAUACUCACUGUGUAUCUAGCAAUUGUCUAGAGACUAGAGUUGAAUUCCAUCUAGAAAUAUAGCAUGUCUUUGAAGUGACAA